UUCAGAUUGAAAGCGCUUAGUUUUUCUGAGAGUGAUAUAUACUUCUUAUUCUAAUAUGACGAGCCCAACCCUGGCUAUCCUGCCAUUGUUUUGGGCAAUAUGGACCUUCGUGGGUGUCCUGACCACCUUCACCAUGACCAUCAUACAAGGUCAUUACCAAACAGGGAUCAUCAGCAUCAGUGACACUGGAGAAUAUUAUCCCGAAUCGAUCGUGCUGGCUAUAGUGUCCACAGUAUCUACUCUGCUAGAGGCCGGUAUUGUGUAUGUCGUCUACAAAUCGAUGGAGAUCCAGGCUCUGAAGAGAAGCUUUUGUAGAGUCACCUGUCAAACAUGGAUGCUGACAUUCGGGUGGAUGAUGUGCAUCGGAAACCUGAUAACCCCAUUUCUACAGGAUUCACCAAUGCUCAAUAAUAGCUGCCUUGCGGUUUUAUCAAGUACAAUCAUAUACGGAGGAAUAUCUGUGGCAACUCAGUUGUACCCAGGCUCCAGGGACCGCAAAUGUAGGCGCAUUACUACCACGGUGCUGGCGGUGAUCAUCUUGCUGGCUAAUAUUAGCCGGUUGUCCUGUAAAAUGAGUGCAGUAUAUACCUGUAAAAGUGACUACUGCACACAGUCUUCAAGAAUCACAUUGACUAUCCUGGAGUGGAUUGUAUUAGCAUGCUCCUGUAUAAGCCAGAUAUUGCUAUAUUGGGACUUCCAGGUUCUUACUACGACAACCAAGAGGAACAUGAUAGACGCCAAGAGCAUCGUGAGAAUUGAUCCAUUGACAGUGCCUCUAUUAGUAGGAGCAUUAGAGGAUCAACAACAUCACCUGACACCAGAUGAAGCAUUAUGUGACUAUGUUACAGUAGAGCUAUUUUCGGCAGAUGAUACCGCACCAUCUGACUAGGAGUGAUAGGUCCCCCCUGGAAAAGCCCCUCCCGCCCCCCCCCCCCCCCCCAAAAAAAAAAAAAAAAAAUGGAUAGAUAGAUCUAUCUAUCUAUCUCAUAUCUAUCUAUCCAUCUAUCCAUCGUGAGAAGGUGAAGGGCAUGGUGGUUGAUGGGUGAUAUGUGUCACCAAGGCUCCUGGCCUUGGUGAAGUAAGAGCUGGUAUUUAUUCAGUGUCUGUGCUGCAAUGCAGUCUGACACUAUGGCUGUAGUAUGGCUGGAAGGCCAAUCCGGGACUGCUCUUACUGGGAAUGACCAAGUGCAGGGUGGGGGUCAUUCCCCACAAUCCAGGCCGCCUUUUGUUGGCCUUAAAGGCAGCCUGCUUCACCAGCUGAGUGGGGUUUGCUAGUUGCAGCUCAAACUGACAGAGAGAGCUGCAUGUGGAGUUCUUCCCUGCGUUUGUUCCAAGGUUGGAACCUGGUGAACAUUCUGCCUGGAGGCCUAGGAAAGACUUGCUUGAUGCCGCAUGGCAUGUUCUCAGGUGUGAACAAACACCUAAGGAAUAUUGGUGGACUUUUGUUACGUUUUCCUUGGUUCUGCAUUUAAAUACUUUGCUGUGUGCCAAGUGUGAAUAAAACACUGAACUUUGAUUUGAAAAGUCCUGUUUCUUUGCCUACAUACUGCAACUGCACCUAUUUGCAAGAGGGAGUCAUUACACUAUCUAUGUAAAAAAAAAUGCACAUGCUAGCACCUGUUGUCCUGUGUGACGCUGCUUCCUUGUGACUUUUCUAUCUAAAUAAAUAUAUUUUAUUACUUGGGUUUCCUUGUUUUA